GAAGAAGUGAAUUCAGAUGGUGAUCAUAUCUGAGGAAGUUUGAAGAAACCGGAAGUGAAUUUAAAUGGUGAACGGGUCUGAUACAGAGAGCGCAAUAACGACUGAAACUAUCCCACUUGCAGCUCGUGUAUUAACUGGGAUGGUGCUCCUAGUCACCAUGGUGAUAAGUAUAUGUGGUAAUUUUGUGGUGUGUUAUUUAGUGUACCGGAAGCCGUCCAUGCGAUCGGCCAUUAACUUGCUAUUAGCACAUAUAGCCCUGGCUGACAUUUUAUUAUCGGCUUUGGUUAUGCCGUUCUCUUUCGUCACUUUAAUAACGGAAACUUGGGUGAUGAACGUCAUAGUGUGUCGUCUUGUUGGAUUCCUACAAGCGUUCUUCUUGAGCGUGGGGGUGUUCGUUUUACUGGCCAUCAGUGCAGAUCGUUAUCUCAUCAUAUCACAAAGGCGUGAAAAACUUAACCUUCCGCGAGCGCGCGUUGUACUCGUCAUUAUAUGGUGUUCUGGUGCGGCCUUGACCUUGCCACCUGUUUUUGGUUGGACGAAUUAUAGUUUCGUUAAAGGGCAGACGCUGUGUUUGUUGUCUACGAAGGAAACGUUUCCCGAUAUACUUUACGUAUUCUUGUAUACGAUCAUCUCCUUCUUCUUGCCAGUUGCGUUAAUGUUCUGCGCAUUUGUGUUUAUCAUACAGAUAGUGCGCAAAAAUGGAAUUAAGGUUCACCAUCACCCGGCCCCCCCGACUAUCAUCACGUAUCGCAGCUCUAACGACUACACGGAUACGGACAAUUUUCAAAAUAUCUGCAGUUGCCCAUCAUCCAGACGUUCGAGCGUAAUGACAUAUCAUAGACCUUCCGUCAGUGUGACCGAGAGUAGUAGUCGUUGUCUACCAGUGAUGAGGCGAAGCAUAACCGUAGACAUGAGUUUCAAGACGCGGGCUUUUAAAACAAUCUUUAUCUUGUUCGUUAUAUUAGUUGGGUGCUGGACGCCAUUUAUUUCAAUGUGUUUAUCUAAGAGUUUAACCAAUAGCUCGCAUCCAUUGGCUAUGACGUCAUUACUAUUUCUCGGCUACAUCAAUUGUGCCCUAAAUCCGAUUAUUUACGCCCUACGCAUCAAGAAAUUCCGCGACGCCUGUAAACAAAUAGUUCCAAAAUGGAUAACUUCUUGCCAACGCCAACAUAACCAGAACAGAAGAGCUGAUCACAUCUCAGUUUACGUGCUAAAUGAACGAUCGUCAAUAUAAACUGAAAGAUCGGGA